AUAUACAAAUAAAAUGAUCAAAUAUAUAAAAGAAACUAUCGAUAAUAUAUACAAAUAAAUUUAUCCUGCGCAAGACGCAUGUCUUACAUAUGUAUCAAGGGAGACAAUAAUUUUUUUUUUAAUAAACGAGACAAGUUGAAGACAUACAUUACUUAAUAGAAAAACAUACACUAUUUUUUUCUAACCUGAAGGAAAAGUCCAAUUUAACUUCUUCUUUCGCAGACUUUCUUUUAGGAAAAGUCCUAAUAGCUAAAGACUGCGAAGGGUAGUCAAAUCCUUAAUUCAUAUUCUAGGUUUUUUUUUUUUCGUUUCCAUCUUUCUCUGAAUCAAUGGCCGAUGGAUUGCUGCUAUUGAUAUUCCUUCUCGUUUCAUUUUCGUUCGUCGCAGGAGUAACUUCUAGGAACAUAACCAUAGAAAACAAAUGCGACUAUAGUGUCUGGCCGGGAACCUAUUCGACUAAUGGGCCUUCCCUCUCUACCACUGGCUUUCUUUUUAGAAAAGGAGAGGCUCGUGUCAUCAACGUGCCGUCCUCAUGGAGAGGUCGUUUCUGGGGUAGAUCGCUCUGCUCCACCAACUCAACUGGGGGAUUCUCCUGCGUCACGGGAGACUGCCGUUCCGGAAAUAUAGAGUGCUCUGGAGCCUCAUCAACGCCUCCAACGACUCUGGUCGAGCUUUCCCUCGACACUUUUAACGGUCAGGACUUCUAUGACGUAAGUGUGGUGGAUGGUUACAAUCUCCCAGUGAUAAUUGUGCCGCAGCAUCCCCAGCGUGGCCAAAGUUGCAUCAGCGUUGGUUGCGAGGUCAACCUGAAUAAAUCGUGUCCACGGGAGCUUAAGGUAGGCGGGGACCAGCCAGUGGCUUGCAUGAGUGCCUGUUAGGCAUUCAACUCGUCAAUUUUCUGUUGCACCAAUUCAACGGAGAAUGUCAAGCGACGCCUUUACUCGCAGAACUUCAAGAGGGAAUGCCCACUGGCUUAUAGCUAUGCUUUGGACGAUCAAACCAUGCUCUUCACAUGCGCAAACUCACCUAACUAUGUCGUUACGUUUUGUCCGUCGACUAUUCCGAACGCGACCAAGUAAUUCCCGUAAAUGCCCUUCUUUAUUCAUUUAUACCCCGUCAAAGACGUGGUCAAUUCAUCCACUCGUUCUAUCACAUGGUUGUAGUUUAGACCAUUCAUUCAAUAGAUAUAUCUUUUCUUUUCUUUUCUUUUGAAAAAUAGAUCUUUCAGAAUUAUGAUAGUUGAAAUGAA